UCUUAUCUGUGGUUGUUCUUUGAAAUCAAAAAAUUGACUACGCUUGCUUUGCAAGAUCCACUUUCGAAUAGUGUCAAAGGUAAAUAUCGAUAAAGAUAAAAAAUAAGUAAAAAAUCAGAACCACGUUUCAACAGUGCCAUGCGGAGAAAUAUAUUUUUUGUGUGAAUUUGUGUGCUAUAAUUUCGUCGCAGACGAGCGGAUUACAUAACCUUGAAUCACGGGACUUCAGUAUUGAUCACAUUAAUUUUAUUUAAAUUUUCAUACAAUUAUAAACGAUUUACGGUUCAUACCACAUCAGACCUGACACUUCACCAGUAAGGAGCCAGGCAUAGCACAGCCAUGCAUCGCGCAAGGGUAGUUUUUAACAUCUCCAACAAAGUUGGCAACACAGAGAGAUUUGCAUCAUGGCUCCUCAACAAACCACAGACCGCCGCUGUGACAGUAAACGCCAACAGGCUGAAAAGUUCCACGGCGGCAGAGCCCUUCCUCAACGGAUCCAGCUCGGCGUACGUCGAGACCAUGUACAACUCGUGGCUGUCUGACCCCAACUCCGUACAUGCCUCCUGGGACGCGUUUUUCCGUAACGCGACCGCGGGCGCAGCCCCGGGCGCCGCCUACACUUCACCACCCAACUUGGCGCCCUACAACAAAAACGAAAUGCCCCUCAGCGCCCUAGUGCCGGCGUCCGGCGGCAUGCCUUCCAUAUCUGCUGGCUCGCCAAUCAACGAAAAGAUCAUCGACGACCAUCUGGCUGUCCAGGCCAUCAUCAGGAGUUACCAGUCCCGAGGCCAUCUGGUGGCGCACCUAGACCCACUGGGCAUAUCCACGGGGGACCCCGUGGAGAGCACGGAGUGGCACGGAGGCCUACGCGGCUUCGCGAGCGAGGCGGUGGUUAGGCAACACGUUCGAUUCGAUGAAGCUGACAUGGACAGGGUGUUCAAACUGCCCUCUACCACUUUUAUCGGAGAAAAGGAGAAGGCACUUCCCCUCAGGGAAAUCCUGUACCGCCUCGAGCAAGCGUACUGCAACAACAUCGGAAUCGAGUUCAUGUUCAUCAACUCCCUGGAGCAAUGCAACUGGAUCCGGCAACGCAUGGAACCCCCGGAUGUCACCAAAAUGAGCAACGACCAGAAGAGACUCAUCCUCGCGCGUCUCACUCGAUCCGCCGGAUUCGAGAACUUCCUCGCGAAGAAGUGGUCUUCAGAGAAGCGCUUCGGUCUCGAGGGCUGCGAGAUCCUCAUUCCCGCUAUGAAGCAGGUCAUCGACGUGUCCACGAAGCUUGGCGUGGAAUCCAUCAUCAUGGGCAUGCCGCACAGAGGUCGCCUCAAUGUAUUGGCGAACGUAUGCCGCAAACCUCUGCAUCAGCUGUUCACCCAGUUCGCUGGUCUCGAAGCCGAAGAUGAUGGCUCCGGUGACGUCAAAUACCACUUGGGAACGUACAUCGAGCGCCUGAACCGCGUCACGAACAAGAACAUCCGCCUCGCCGUCUGCGCCAACCCCUCCCAUCUCGAGGCCGUCGACCCCGUCGUGCAGGGCAAGACUCGCGCUGAGCAGUUCUACCGUGGCGAUAACGAGGGCAAGAAGGUGAUGUCCAUCCUACUCCACGGCGACGCAGCCUUCGCCGGACAGGGUGUGGUGUUUGAAACCAUGCACUUGUCGGACCUGCCUGCCUACACCACGCACGGCACCGUCCACAUAGUGGCCAACAACCAGAUCGGCUUCACCACCGACCCUCGCCACUCGCGCUCCUCCGCUUACUGCACAGACGUGGCCCGCGUAGUGAACGCCCCGAUCUUCCACGUGAACGGCGACAACCCUGAAGCGGUCAUGCACGUGUGUAACGUGGCCGCCGAGUGGCGCGCCACCUUCCACAAGGACGUGGUCAUCGACAUCGUCAGCUACCGCCGCAACGGCCACAACGAGGUCGACGAGCCCAUGUUCACGCAGCCACUCAUGUACCAGAAGAUCAGGAACACUAAGCCUGUGCUGGACAAGUACGCCGCCCAGCUGAUCGCCGAAGGCGUCGUGACCGCCGAAGAGGUGAAGGACGUCCGCGACAAAUACGAGAAGAUCUGCGAGGACGCGUACAACCAGGCCAAGCAGGAGACCCACAUCAAGUACAAGGACUGGCUCGACUCGCCCUGGUCCGGCUUCUUCGAGGGCAAGGACCCCCUUAAAAUGUCCCCGACCGGCGUUGUAGAGGAGACCCUCGUCCACAUCGGCAAGCGUUUCUCUGCGCCUCCCCCGAAUGCGGCCGAGUUCGAGAUCCACAAGGGUCUGCUCCGUAUCCUCAAGUCUCGUAUGGAGAUGGUCGAGAACCGAACCGUCGACUGGGCUCUGGCUGAGGCCAUGGCUUUCGGUUCCCUCUUGAAGGAGGGUAUCCACGUCAGGCUGUCCGGAGAGGAUGUAGAGCGUGGCACGUUCUCGCAUAGGCACCACGUGCUCCACCACCAGAAGGUGGACAAGGCGACGUACUGCCCGCUGGCGCACCUCUACCCCGACCAGGCGCCCUACACCGUGUGUAACAGCUCCCUAUCUGAAUACGGUGUGCUCGGCUUCGAAGUAGGCUACUCCGUGACCAACCCCAACGCCCUGGUCCUAUGGGAGGCGCAGUUCGGCGACUUCAACAACGUGGCCCAGUGCAUCAUCGACCAGUUCAUCUCGUCCGGACAGGCCAAGUGGGUCCGCCAGUCUGGCAUCGUGCUGUUGCAACCGCACGGCAUGGAGGGCAUGGGCCCCGAGCACUCGUCGGCGCGCCUGGAGCGCUUCCUGCAGAUGAGCUCCGACGACCCCGACUACAUGCCGCCCGAGAGCAACGACUACGAAGUUCGCCAACUCCACGACUGCAACUGGAUCGUAGCCAACUGCUCGACCCCAGCCUCCCUGUUCCACAUCUUGCGGCGUCAGAUCGCGCUGCCGUUCCGCAAGCCCCUCAUCAUCAUGACGCCCAAGUCCCUGCUCCGCCACCCCGAGUGCAAGAGCUCCUUCGAUGACAUGAAGGAGGGCACCAGCUUCAGGAGGGUGAUUCCAGAGGAAGGUCCCGCUUCAAAGAACGCUAGCGGCGUUAAGAAGCUGGCCUUCUGCACCGGCCGCGUGUACUACGAUCUGAUUAAGGAGCGCCGUGAGAAGGGACUCGAAAACGACAUUGCUAUCUGCAGGCUGGAGCAAAUCUCGCCGUUCCCAUACGACCUGAUCAAGGCGGAGGCCGCCAAGUACUGCAACGCGCAGCUGGUCUGGUCCCAGGAAGAACACAAGAACAUGGGCUCCUGGAGCUACAUCGAGCCCCGCUUCCGCACCCUGCUGCAGAACCAGCGCACGAUCAGUUACAACGGGCGCCCGACCGCCGCGUCACCCGCCACGGGCUCCAAGGCGGCCCACAACAAGGAACUCAAGAGUCUGCUCAACGAGUUCUGCGAGUUAUAAAUACCAACCUCGUACCGUGUUGUCAACUUUGUUGAAUCUAUUCGACUGUAGGUGCGCCACUUUCAAACAAUAAUGUUCUUUAACCCUUCGAAAAUUGGCUACAAAAUGACCUUGAAGUUGUAAAUUACAAUAUACUCGACAAGGCAUACGAACGAGCAGAAAUUACUUCGCUCACCGCAAGAAACAAACAUAAAAAUUUGGUUCGACGAAAUACGCGUAAUAAUAAUUCGGAUGCUGUGCGUUUGAAAGUGGAACAUCUACUGUUUUAUGUAAUUCAGGCCAAAACAUCGGCCAAACGCGACCGCGAAUUUUCAUUUCACCGAAUAUUAUGUUCAAAAUUGUAUUAAAUCAUAGGCUUUAUUUUAAAAACGAAAUUAACGACCGGGUUUUGUUUUUUCUGUCAUUCUGUUACUCUUCAGUAUUUUGGUGUAAUUCUCUCCACGAUUAGGUAGUAUAGUUAGAUAAAUUCUAAUUUAUUUAUUUAAUGUAGAUUAACGAGACAUGUAGGUUUUACUAUUUAUUUUUAUAAUUAAAGCAAUAAUGCUUAUCGUCUCCACUGUGUUAAUUUAAAUUUAAAUUUACAUUAUUCAAUGUAGCCAUUUGACAGUUUGUACAUAAAUCUAUUCAAAUUUUAUUUUUUGUAUGAUUUUACAAAUAUCAGUUCUAAUCUAACGGGUUAACCAUAAUACGUUCCUUAUGCUAGUCCGAAACGUCAUCUGUUUUAUGUAAUAUUAGGACGCACUUACGAUAUUAUAUACAAGAUAUUACCUAUAUAUUAGCUAGUAUUACUAAUUAAUAAAACCCCGCACUAUUACCGAAAAAUGCACAGUAGGAUAAUAGUGGAUAAUUUAGACUCACCGACAUGGUUUCGCAUUCUACUCCAAUCAACGAGUAUGGUGAUUCUUAUACAUAGUUAAGGCGGCGACUUACUUUGACGCACGAUCACGCUACUCAUAUCAUUUUAAUGGCCUUUGCACUAAAAGCACUUAGUUUUUUAAUAUUGUUCAUAUGGUUUGACUUUGAUCGUCCGUUUUACGGUCACUAACUGUAAUGGUACAUUUUAAAAUGAAAAAUACCAUCCAACGACGCGCGUUCGAACUUUCAAUUGUUCGUGGCUCGUACGUAUCGUGUGUCACAGUGGGCUGCCGCUUAUAAAUACGUACGAAUUGUAACAACAUGUUUAUCCCUCGUUGAUCGGUCUAUCGCGCUGUACAUAUGCUAGUAGUUACCACUGUCGGCUUGUAAGGUAUAACACCAAUCCUAUCUUGUACAAAACCUACUAUAUCUCGUAUUUCGAGUGUAAUGUAUCUAAUACCUAAUCUCUACGUAGAAUUAACGUAUUUCACUGAUAGAGGAAUGUUCUCGCCUUUAGCAAAGAGUUAUCCAUUGUAAUAUCCUUCUAAGGCCCAGGCAUACAAAAAAAACCAAAUGUCAGUGAAAUUUGAACCUAUAGCACAGGAAAUAGAGUUGAUUUUUUUUUGUUUGAAAACAUUACUAAACAAAAUAAAAUACAACUAUGUUCCAUUUGAAAAUACGUAGGACUUUGAGCUUUAGAAGGAUAGAGAAAAGUCUAAGAAAAAACAUGCCACCUAGUUUGACAGCCUAAACAGAUGGCGCUGUACAUGUUUUUUAGUCACUGAAUUGUCAAAUGUCAACUUUGUACGUAAUCGGUCAGCCAUUUCGUUUAGCUGUUGAAUUCGAAGCAUGCAAUUACCUUAGACUUAACACAUUUAGUGCCAAUGCGCUAUGAGCGUGGCCGAUAACACUGAAAACCCGUAUGUAGCGAAAAACGCCUACGAAUAGAGAACCCGCCUAGCGGGUCUUACACAAUGAAUGAGUUUGCCUCAAGUAUAAUGGCCGCGUCAGUGGAAUUGUAGUCAUAUUUUGAUUGGCUUUAUAUUUAGCGUUUUAGAUGCACCGUUAUUGUUUAAUAAUUUUGAUGUUCUGUAUUUGAAAUGCUCAGAGAAUGGAGAGUGGCAGGUAUUUUGUGAAGGUGUGGAUGCAAGGUCUGUGGAAGGGAAACUGAGCUUUAUUGCUAUGUUAGUUCGAACAAGUUAAUUUACAAAUAAAUAUAUAUUAAAU